AUGAUGGAGUUGACGAACACCAAGCAAAGGAAAGAUGAACCAGUAGUGGACUUCAUCAAUCGGUGGCGAGCAUUAAGUUUAGAUUGCAAGGAUCGCCUCUCAGAAACUUCUGCCGUCGAGAUGUGCACCCAAGGAAUGCAUUGGGGUCUUGUGUAUAUCCUCCAAGGAAUCAAGCCACGCACUUUCGAAGAAUUGGCGACACGAGCUCAUGACAUGGAGUUGAGUAUUGCAAGCCACGGAAAGACUUCACCUGUUUUCGAUCCGAGGAAGGAAGCUAAAGAAUUCAAUCAACCGUCAAAAUACCAAACUAAAGAAUCCAUGGCGGUGGGAGCAACUUCUGUAAAGGCCCCCACUAAGCAAAAGUUGAAAGAAAAAGCUCCAAGUCCGCGGCCGAGAGAAGAGAAAAGCCAGCCAACUUUGAAGGAGUUAGAAGCGAAGGCCUAUCCUUUCCCUGAUUCUGACGUCCCCGCGAUUCUCGACGAGUUGCUGGCCAAGAAAGUCAUUGACCUUCCAGAGUCAAAGCGACCUGAUGAAGCCAACAAAGUCGAUGAUCCCAAGUAUUGCAAAUAUCACCGCAUCGUCAGUCACCCUACAGCAAGAUGCUUCGUCUUAAAGGAGAAGAUCAUGACGUUGGUGAGAGACGGAAAGAUCAUCAUUGACGCUAAUGACACGGCCGAAGCGAACCAUGCUAGUGCUAAAAUCGAUCACAAGAAGGGAUCAACUACAUAG